AUGCUUGAAGUGACACAAGACUCUGUUCGCCCCUUCCGUGUUGACCUCUUGGACUACGGCAUAGCGCGCAGGGGGCCAUCGCUGAUGCACUCCUUUUCUAGGGAACUCCGAGUUCCACAGUACGUGCAGCAACCAGCAAGGUGGCGAGGGAAAGACGUGGGCGUUCUGCUCCCUCCCAGCCUGCAUCCACCUGUCCGCAGCCCACCUGCCCUCCUCGGACAAGGCCCGCGUGCUCUCCCUCCGACACGCACUCCCUCACUGCUCUCUUCCCCUGCUGCUCCUUCCAUGCUCUAUCCUGCUGCUCCUGCCCUGCAAGUGCUGAACGCGAGCACGGGGCUGGCAGCGUGUGGGGUGAUGGGGCAGGUGAAGGAGGUGAAAGCAAGAUUAGGAGGCGUAUGGGCAGGUGCAGGAAACGUGAAAGCAUUGAGAGGGAAGGUGAAGGAACGGGCAGGACAGAAUAAGCUGCUGUCUCUGGUAGCUGCAGUGCAGCAGCAGCAGGAGGGUCGGGCUGGUGCUCAAGAAUCACUCGCAGAAAGUGGAGGUGUUUCCACUGAAGGUUCUCCCACGGGAGGGGUGUCUGCGCCGAUCGAUUUGGCUUCACUGCAGCAGAUGAGAGAGCAGCAGCAGGCGCUAGCGCGGGAGCAGGACACAUUAGCUAAAGAGCAGGAGCGGUUACAUAAAGAGCAGGAGGAGGUGAAGCGGGAGCAGGAGAGGGUGGGGCGGAAGCAGAGGGAGGUGGAGCGGGAGCAGCGGCGCAUGGAGGAGUACCAGCGCCAGCUGGCAGGGUGGCUGCUAGCGGCCGUGGUGGCUGUGGAGGAGUUGAGGAGGGAGAGUGGUGCUGAUACUGCUAGUGGUGCUGACGGUGCUGGUGGUGCGGAUGAUGCAGCGAAUGGUCGUGCUGGUGGUGCUACAUUGUCCUCCUCCUCCUCCCCAUCUGCGACACCAGAGGCAUCGCUACCUGCAGUUGACUACUGGGCGGAGUGA